CAUAUCUUCUUCGCUGUCAGUUCUAUACCAACGAGUCUUUUGUCUCAUAAAUGUCAUUGGUUAAAAAAAUAGAACAACCAGGUCUGGGUAAAAUCCUCUUCAUCUUCUUUUUUUUCCCUUUUUUCUUUUUCUGGUCUAUCUUGAUAAAGGAGUUAGAAAGUUGCUGUGCGGUUUUGUCGCGGUGCAGGUUUACAAUGGAUCGAACGACGGAAAGAAUCAUUGAUGAUAGUUCUAAAAAAGGGCUGGCUUAUUUCACUCCGAUGUAUCACUGUUUCUAAAAUAGUGGCUUCAUAAAGAUGUUGGCUGCAGUUCGACGGUUUUAGAGUAGGUGCAUGUGGAGGCAAGCGCAGAGCAAGAACGUCACGGAAUAAAAGGAAAUCUCAACAGAGAGGCAAAACUAGUCAGCGACACCAUUUCUUUCGUACUGUUACUUGGCAGAAGUAAGUAAGAUCUACACAGGAAAUGGAUGACAAUGCGCUGUUGAUGUUUCUGUGCCUUUGUUUCUACAAAAUGGUACUAGCAGCAGGACAGAAUGAGUCUGAAUACUGCUACAAAAUCAAACCAGCCACCAUGACCGGCAUCAUCCUGGGAGACGUCGGUCUGACGGUGCUGAUCGUGGUGGUGGUAUAUUACUGCGCGAGCCAGCGCAUGAAACGGCGGGAAGAGGCUGAUAAGGUCUACAUGAAUGUCAGGGCCAAUUGCCAGGCCUGAAAAGCCGCGAUGAUGUGCACGAAAUGCGCAUUAAACAGAACAAAUGGAAUAAAUGAUCAUCAGCACGACAUCAUGCCUUCAUAGAUCAAAAGAUAAACAUCUUUGCUGAAAGGAGUUUCCAGGUAGCAGUGUGGUGCAGUGGUCAGGCUAUUGGACACUUACCACAAGGCCUGAGAUGAGUUGCUUUCAUGUCCUGGCUGAAACCCUGCUGAUGUGGACUUUGACAACAAGUACAAGUAAAUGUACCCUGUUCAUUUUAUAAUUUGGUCAACUGCACAAACCUAUCACUUCUAUCAAACUGUUAACUUUGUAUGUUGCUCGUGUCAGACUGUAAACUGCAGGCUUCGCUGAGACCAUAGUCAUUAUGAAUAUUAUGAAUUCACUGAAUCUAAGUCAGCUCCAGAAUAUGGACUGCCUUUUUGCCUUCAGGAUAUUGUCAUUGUGUGAAUUUGUCUGAUAAAAAAAAGAAAUAAAAAGGUACUGUAUAUUCUUAAUCAAGGCUUCACCAAUUCUAUUGAAUAAAUAUGACAACAGAGACCA